AUGCCAUUCGCACAAGCAAGCAGCCUGGAGGCCUGGAAGGCCCUGGAGCAGCACCAUACCACCGCCGGGCGCCACAUCCGGCUCAACGAGGAGUUCCAGAAGGACUCGCAGCGCUUCGAGAAGCUGUCUCGCACCUUUUACAAUGAAGCAGACAAGUCUGAGACGCUGUUCGACUUCUCCAAGAACCUUGUCACGGACGAGACGGUCUCACUGCUCGUCAACCUGGCGCGGGAGGCCGGCGUCGAGGAGCUGCGCGAGCAGAUGUUCAAGGGCGAGCCCAUCAACUUCACCGAGAACCGGGCCGUCUACCACGUUGCCCUGCGCAAUGUGAGCAACCAGCCGAUGCAAGUCGGCGGGAAGAGCGUCGUCGAGGACGUCAAUUCGGUGCUGGAGCACAUGAAGCAGUUCUCUGAGCAGGUCCGUAGUGGUGAGUGGAAGGGCUACACCGGAAAGAAGAUCAAGACCAUCAUCAACAUCGGAAUUGGCGGGUCAGACCUUGGCCCUGUUAUGGUGACGGAGGCGCUGAAGGCGUAUGCUGACCGUAGCUUCGAUAUCCACUUCGUCUCCAACAUCGAUGGCACUCACAUCGUCGAAGCUCUGCGUAACUCAGACCCAGAGACGACUCUCUUCCUCAUUGCCUCCAAGACGUUCACCACUGCCGAGACGACUACCAAUGCCAACACGGCCAAGGACUGGUUCCUCAAGACCGCCAAAGACGAGGCUCACAUCGCCAAACACUUUGUUGCCCUCUCUACCAACGAGCAGGAAGUCACCAAGUUCGGUAUCGACAAGAAGAACAUGUUCGGCUUUGAGUCCUGGGUCGGUGGCCGCUAUUCUGUCUGGUCUGCUAUCGGCCUCUCCGUCGCCCUGUACAUCGGCUUCGAUAACUUCCACCAGUUCCUCGCCGGUGCUCAUGCCAUGGACAAGCACUUCCGCGAGACUCCCCUGGAACAGAACAUCCCUGUCCUCGGCGGCCUGCUGAGCGUCUGGUACAGCAACUUCUUUGGCGCUCAGACUCACCUGGUCUCCCCCUUUGACCAGUACCUACACCGCUUCCCGGACUAUCUCCAGCAGCUUUCCAUGGAAAGUAACGGUAAGGCUGUUACCCGCAACGGUGAGCAUACCAAAUAUACCACUGGUGCCAUUCUCUUCGGUGAGCCAGCCACCAAUGCCCAGCACAGCUUCUACCAGCUGCUGCACCAGGGCACCAAGCUCAUCCCCACUGACUUCAUCCUCGCGGCUGAAUCCCAUAACCCCGUUGAGGGAGGCAAACACCAGCGUAUGCUUGCAUCCAACUUCCUCGCCCAGGCAGAGGCUCUCAUGGUCGGCAAGUCUCCUGAACAAGUCAAGGCCGAGGGUGCCCCUGAUGAGCUGAUUGCACACAAGACCUUCCUGGGCAACCGCCCUACCACCUCCAUCCUGGCCCAGAAGAUCACCCCGGCUACUCUGGGUGCCUUGAUCGCAUACUAUGAGCAUGUCACCUUCACCGAGGGUGCCGUCUGGAACAUUAACUCCUUCGACCAGUGGGGAGUUGAGCUCGGAAAGGUCCUUGCUAAGAAGAUCCAGAAGGAACUCGAGACCUCUGGUGCUGGAGGCGACCAUGACGGCUCAACCAGUGGCCUCAUUGCUGCCUUCAAGAAGAAGGCAUCCCUUUUGUAA